AUGGCUUCCGAUGCAGAGUCCACCCACGACCAAACCAUCAUUUACCUGACGGUGACUCCGUGCGACAUCUGUUGCCCGUCUACGCGCGACGAAGUGAUGUUCGGCUGUGACGGAUGCGCGGAAUGGUUCCACAUCCGUUGCGAGAAGGCCCCGGGGUACCAGCAGAAGCAGAAGGACGUCAAGAAGCAGGCUCGCGCCCGGAAAAGCGGCAACGAGUCUGACAAAUCCAGCGUCAGCUCUCGUCUAGCUUCGUCUAGCGUGGAAACGAAGGGGCUAGCGCUAGAGGAGAAACAGAAACGACAGUACGAGGAGAUGGAGGCGGAGCGGCUGCUGCAGAAAAAAGAAAGGGAGAUGCAGCGUGCGUUCGAGCAGCGAAAAAUGGAAUUGGAGCUGCAGAUGCGCGCUGAGGAACAAGAAGAACAAAGGGCAUGGCAAGCAGAGAUGCUCCAAAAGAAAAAGGAGCAGAUUCAGCGGCUGAAGGCGAACCGGGAGUCGUCGUUCGAGAUGCAAAUGGCGGCGAUGGAUGAGGAGUUAGCGGAACUUUCGGGUCAAAAGUCGAAGCCGGCGCCGAAAGUAGUCAAGGACGUUUCGCGAGCGGGUCCUUCCGGCAAAAUAAACAAAAACGUGUUGAAGCUGAGAAAAGCGAACGUGAAGAAGCUAACGCGAGACUACGAGAGCACCGACGGAGGAGACGAAGACGACGAAAACUCCGAUGAUUCCGAUCUGUCAACCCAGAGUUCGGAUUCUUCCAUGGAAGCCAGGGUGAGAUAA